AUGGGUCUGAAGUUCCGUGGCAUUAUUGGGCCGAAGCUCGCAGGGAGCGACAAGCCCGAGAUUGCCGACAAACAAACUGAUUUUGAAGGCCAAUCGACCGCUUUUGACGGCGAAAAGAAUGCUAGCCAGAAUGUAGACAGCGGCGAGACUUCGGAUACUUCCACUACCAGCGAGAAGCGGGAUCUGCAGUUUGGUGUCCAGGCUGCCGAAGCGACGCUUCAGGUAUGGACGAGGAACCAUCUGAUUGCCGCCUAUCUCUUUAUCUGGUUGAUCAACUUUCUCAACGCUUUCUCGUCUGGCAUCGCUGGUACCUUGACCACCUACGUCACCAGCUCCUUCGGCGCACACUCGCUAGUUUCCACGACGGGUAUCAUCUCCGGCCUUAUUCCUGGUUUGACUAAACUGGCCUAUGCCAAGUUCAUCGACAACAUUGGACGGCCGCAGGGUUUCGUCCUUGCCGUUGGCUCCAUGACUCUUGGUCUCAUCAUGAUGGCUGCCUGCAAAAACGUCGAAACUUAUGCGGCAGCCACCGUUUUCUAUUAUACCGGAUACUCUUGGCUCGACUUUACCAUUACCAUCUUCAUUGCAGACACGUCAAAACUCAGGAACCGAGCCUUCAUGAUCGCAUACGCUUCGUCUCCCUGGCUCAUUACGGUGUGGGUCUACGGUCUGGCCUGUGAGAAGAUCAUUGCCCCUGGUGGCAUCGGCUGGAGAUGGGCGUACGGCAUCUUCGCCAUCAUUAUGCCCGUCGUCUGUGCACCUCUCUGGUAUCUCUUCUACGCGAAUCAGCGAAAGGCCGUGAAGCAAGGCCUCGUUAACGUCAAACCUCAUGGUCGCGGGCCCAUCGCCAACAUCAUCUUUUAUGCCAAGGAGUUCGAUAUCAUCGGCAUUAUCCUCGCUGCUGCGGGCAUCGGGUUGUUUCUUCUGUCCUUCAGCUUGUUCUCAUACCAGGAAAAGGAAUGGAAGUCACCUUUGAUCAUCUGCUUUAUCAUCUUUGGCGGCCUCCUGAUCAUCCUUUUCAUCAUUUGGGAAAAGUUCUUUGCGCCCAUUACUUUCAUUCCUUGGCGCUUGAUCAAGAACAGGACCGUCUUCUUCACUUACACUAUGAUGGCUUCUCUUUACACCGCAUGGUAUCUUUGGGAUAACUACUUCUUCUCGGUUCUCAUCGUUUUGUUCAGCACCGAUGUCCAGGAUGCCACAUACAUAAUGAACGUUUACACCGUCGGCAGCACCUUCUGGUCUCUUUUGUUUGGUGUUUUCAUCCGAUACAACGGUCGCCUAAAGUGGCCUGCUGUAUUCUUCGGAGUGCCCAUGACCAUUCUCGGCGUGGGUCUCAUGAUUCACUUCCGCCAACCUGAUGUGAAUAUCGGAUACGCCGUCAUGUGCCUCAUCUUCAUCGCCUUCGGCGGUGGCACUCUCGUCAUUUGUGAGCAGAUGACCGUCAUGGCCGUAUCCAAGCACUCCGACAUUCCAGCUAUCCUCGCCAUGGAGGGCAUGGUGGCGGCUAUGGGGCAGAGCAUCGGCUCCACAGUUGCGGCGGCCAUGUGGACCGGUAUCUUCCCCAAGAAGCUAGCCAAAUAUCUGCCUGCUGAGGCCCAACCUGAUCUGACUACCAUUUACGGCAGCAUCGACGUCCAAGCAUCUUACCCAGUCGGAACCCCUACACGUGACGGAAUCAACAAAGCUUACGGCGCCACACAGAAGUUGAUGUUGAUUGCCGCCACUUCCCUCUACAGCAUCACUUGGGCCAGCACGUUGAUGUGGGAGAGCAUCAACGUCAAGAAGAUGGAGCAGUUCAAGGGCGCGGUCAUGUGGUAA